GGGUCCCGGGGCUCGGGCUCCCCAGAGCUGAGCAGCCAUGGAGCGGCGGUGGAGCGGCGCUCGCGGCCCCGGGCUGCUGCUGCUGCUGGCGGGGGCGCUGCUGGCGCAGACCCCGGGCACCGCGGCCGAGCCGGAGCCCGCGCUGUGGCCCCUGCCGCUCUCGGUGCGCAUGAGCCCGCGGCUGCUGCGCCUCGCCGCCAGCGACUUCUCCAUCGUCCACGGCCCCAGUUCCACGGCGGACCCCUCCUGCUCGCUGCUGGAGGAGGCGUUUCGGCGAUACUAUGACUAUAUCUUUGGUUUUCACACACGGCAUCAUGGCUUUGCUAAGUUUCAGGCCGGACCACAGUUACAGCAACUUCAGGUGUCAAUUACCCUUGAGUCACAGUGUGAUUCCUUCCCCAGUUUGUCUUCAGAUGAGUCCUAUACUCUAGCUGUGCAGGAGCCGGUGGCUUUCCUCAAGGCCAACAGUGUUUGGGGAGCACUGCGAGGUUUAGAGACCUUCAGCCAAUUAGUUUAUGAAGAUUCUUAUGGGACUGUCACCAUCAAUGAAUCCAACAUUGUUGAUUCUCCAAGGUUUGCUCAUAGAGGAAUUUUAAUUGAUACAUCCAGACACUACCUGCCAUUAAAGCACAUUCUAAAAACUCUGGAUGCCAUGGCUUUCAAUAAAUUUAAUGUUCUCCACUGGCACAUAGUUGAUGACCAGUCUUUCCCUUAUCAGAGCGUCACUUUUCCUCAACUAAGCAAUAAGGGAAGCUAUUCACUGUCACACGUUUAUACACCAAAUGAUGUCCGUAAGGUGAUUGAACAUGCCCGAUUACGAGGGAUUCGAGUCAUGCCGGAAUUUGACACCCCUGGACAUACUCUGUCUUGGGGAAAAGGUCAGAAAGGCCUCCUGACUCCAUGUUACAAUCAAAUAAACAAGGCACAAAGUAUGGGGCCAAUAAACCCUAUUGUAAAUACAACUUACACAUUCCUUACCACAUUUUUCAAAGAAAUUAGCCACGUGUUUCCAGAUCAGUUCAUUCAUUUGGGAGGCGAUGAAGUAGACUUCUCAUGUUGGGCAUCAAAUCCAAACAUACAGACUUAUAUGGAGAAAAGGGGCUUUGGCGAGGAUUUUAGAAAACUAGAAGCUAUGUAUAUUAAAAGGCUUUUGGGUAUCAUUGCAUCCCUGAACAAGAGCUCCAUCGUCUGGCAAGAGGUUUUUGAUGAUGGCGUGCAGCUUCGACCAGGCACAGUAGUUGAAGUGUGGAAAUACAACGGGUAUCUUCAGGAGUUAACUAAAGUCACAAGAUCUGGCCUCCUUGCGAUCCUUUCUGCCCCUUGGUACCUGGACUGGAUUAGCUAUGGGCAAGACUGGAGAAAAUACUAUGUGGUAGACCCUCUUAAAUUUUCAGGUUCUGAGCAGCAGAAACAGUUUGUCAUUGGUGGAGAAGCUUGCCUAUGGGGAGAAUAUGUGGAUGCAACUAACCUUACGCCAAGACUGUGGCCCCGGGCAAGUGCUGUUGGUGAGAGACUCUGGAGUCCCCAAAAUGUCACUGAUAUAAACGAUGCAUACAACAGACUGGUAAUACACCGAUGCAGGAUGGUCAGACGUGGCAUAGCUGCACAACCCCUUUUUACUGGACAUUGUAACUAUGAGAACAAAAUGGAAAAGUGAGUGGAAAAGUGAGUGGAAAAGAGAAAAAUAGGAGGGAAAAAAGGCAAGAGCAAUCUGAACUACAGUCAUCUUGAUUUUGGAUUCAUGUAAAUUAAGAUUUGCUAGACUGUUUUUUGAAUAAACUACCUUUUUAUUGAUUGAA